UAACAUUUUCGUGACAGGUGAUAAAAACAAGAAACCGGUACUUUUUUGCGUGCUGUUACCUUUUGAGAAGGUUCAGAACAAGCGUUGUACUCGGUUAUGCUAAUGACCCACUGAAGAAGUGUGCGACGAUCUUGAAUUAAGAGUUGCCAUUGUCAAUGGCAUAUUUUUUGUCUGUUUCACUUGUUGAUCGAUGGGGUUCGUCCAACCUACCAACCCCCCCGUCGGAAUCCCCAGUAGAUGAGUUAGUCAAGGCUUCGACUGGCUGAUAUUUCGGGUUUUGUUUAAAAAUUCGAAGGGGGUUUUUUGGUAGGCUUCUACGCUGCAGCAGCUGCUGGUGGUUCUGCAGACCAACAAACCGUUGACAACCAACCAUGGUUUAGUACCACCACCACCACCACGAUCGCGACGAGCAUUUUGGGUCACAUUCGAUACCUUUUCCGUUAAUUGGGGGUAGGGUUUCGCGCAGUCGACGUUCGCGCGCUCGUCAAAGAUGUCACGAUCGGCCACGAUCAUCGGGUUCUGCGUGCUCCUGUUGGCGCUGGAGUCCUGCGCCAUUUCCGGUCGUCGCGUUUCGGAACUGUUCAAGACACGCAUCGACAAUCGGGUCCUGUGGCGGCAUCACCGUCUACGGCAGCUGCGUGAGUUGACGACCCUCGGCGGACCCACGUCGCAGUCCAAGUCCGCCCUCCCGGGCAAUGACGACCAGCUGCAGAGCUUUGCAGAGUCCCAAAAUGGGACCACUUCUGGCAGCAGCAAACAGAGUGCGGAGGAGUCAGAGUCGGCAGAAUAUCCCGAAAUGGUGCUAAGUGAAAGUGAUCUGGCCGAGGCCGGCGUUGGACAGCACCGGUUGAUCAUGAACCGGCGCGAGAUAUACGAGCAGAACGUCGUGUUUCGGUUCUAUCACGGCGGCCAGCUAACCAAAACGACAUCCCUCAACCAGAAAACUGCCUUGAUUUCCGACUCCCAGUGCACACCGGGUGAAAAGUACGCCAUAAUCGUCCACGGAUGGCACGAGAACUGCUAUGAAACGCCCUGGAUAACGGAACUGGAGAAGAACCUGAACACGUUCCGCGGAGGCUGCAUCAUCUGCAUGGACUAUUCGAUCUUUUCCAACAACGGGUACACGUAUCUGUUCCGACGAUUCAACGAUAUCAGCGAGGUUCUGCUCAAGUUCAUGAGGACGAUGCAGUACGAGGGCAUGAUGUUUGAAAAUUUGUACAUGUUUGGGUUCAGUUUCGGGGGCCAGUUGGUGUUGGACGCGGGCAAUCAAAUUGGGUCCAGUAUGAUCGAGGCGAUUGACACGUGCGACAUGGCGGGGCCAGGGUUCGACCAGGAUCGAUUCUUCAAGAAUGUCAACUUUAGGUAUGCGGCCAAGAAUGUGCAGUGUAUCCACACGAGUACCGACAAAGGGACCAAGUUGAUGAACAAAUGCCACCAGGAUUGGCGAAUGGGACAGUGUGGCUUUAAGCAGCCUGCGGCGGGGAAGCCGCCGUUUGGGUCACAUGGACUUUGUCCGAUAUUUUACAAUUUGGCGUUUACGGUGGACUUCCUUGCCGAAUCCAAACCAUCGGAGUGUAAUUUGCUGAGGGAUCCCUUUGCAGCGUACCCGAUUGGGUACAAGAUGGGCUACACGGAGAAUCGAAAAGCGACCGUUCGAGGAGAGUUGUAUGCGCAGACGACGAACCAGUAUCCUUACAACAUGUUCCAUAACUUGUAGAGCGUGUCGAAAGUUGUUAACAGAACCAGUGAAAGUGUGCACAAUGUGAUAUAUUAAAUAAAACAACCGGAAUAAACAAAUAAAA